UCAGUUCGCACGUGCCCAUCCAUUCUCAAUUCUCCGCGAAAGCUCCGAACUUCCCCGUAUCUGGAAAAAGGCCGAAAGGCUCCCAGUUUGACGCCACAAUCAAAACCAAAUUCCAGAAAAAAAAAUCUGUUUUUUAUAAUUAUAAUAAUUGUAUAAAGGAAAAAAAAACUGAUUUGAUUUUUUUUCUCCAAAUUUUGAAAUUUCUAGAAAGAGAUGACGGAGGACGGUGGCGCUAGGGUUUCUUCCAAUGACCCGUCUGUAACCAACGAUGCUUCGCAAACAAGGCAAAGAAAAAAGAGAAAGUGGGAUCAGCCUGCAGAGGCUUUGGUUUCGGCUGGAUUUGCUGCCCCAUUCAGCAACUUGGGAACUCUUGGUGGCAUUCCACUUCCUGGUGUAUCCCCAGUCACAGGCACCUUUUUGUCGAAUCCACUUGCUGCUAGUUGUACAGCUGUUAGCCCUGUGUUCCAACAGCAUGCUGCUGCAGUGGUACCAAAACAAAAUCAACCUAAGAUCCAGGAUGAGUUGGUAAUUGCCCGGGAAAUUGUAAUAAAUGAUGCGGAAUCUUCUAUUCGCUACAAGCUCACUAAACGCCAGACACAGGAAGAGAUUCAAAGGUGCACUGGUGCUGUGGUGAUAACUAGGGGAAAAUAUCGCCCACCAAAUGCUCCGCCUGAUGGUGAAAAGCCUCUCUAUCUUCACAUAUCCGCUGGUGCUCAUUUAAAAGAGACAGCAGAGCGGAUUUUAGCUGUAGAUCGUGCAUCUGCAAUGGUUGAAGAAAUGUUGAAACAUGGUCAGAGCUCACAGACAGGUUCUUCUUCUUUUAUGGCCGCUAUGAGCAACAGUGUGAAGGUACUUAGCACAUGUGUAUAUUUGGGCUUUGAUGCAGACCCAUCAUUGAAUGUUGCUGCUCGUAUUCGAGGACCAAAUGACCAGUAUAUAAAUCACAUUAUGAAUGAAACAGGAGCAACAGUCAUACUAAGAGGGCAUGGUUCUGGAAACUUUGAGAGCCUGCAGGGUGAAGAAACACCACAAUCACUGCACUUAUUCUUAUCCAGUAAUAAUCCUAAAAGUCUUGAUGAUGCUAAGCGUUUGGCAGAGAAUCUCCUGGACACUAUCAGUGUAGAAUUUGGUGCAUCCAGGACUUCAUGUAGUAAAGUCUAUGGUGCAGUUCCGCCUCCACAGCAGUUGUUGACUGGAGUUCAAAGUUCUGGGAGUGAACAAAAUGUAAAUGCUAGUUCAGCUGCUGGUUUGACAUCAAUGGCAGUCACUACACCAGCUCCACCUGUUGCGAUCACUACUGGCAAUUCUCAAGGGAUGGUUGAGGGAAUGCCUAACUCUGGGCCAAUCCAGGCAAAUGCAGUUGGUUAUCCACAGCCUUUAGGGUCUAGAGGGACAAGCUAUAGCGGAUAUGGUGGGAUAUACCCCCAAGCCACACCAUUACAACAGGUAGCAUUAGCUCUUAGACAAUCAUCUCCAAUCUCCUCUAGUGUUGUACCUGCAACAUCCGUAUCAAGCAUGGGUGUUCCUACAACCUCAGUUUCCAGCACAGUAUCCAAAUCAAAUGCUAGCUCUACUUUAGAGAAGGAGCAAUGGCUUCCACAAAAGCGGAAGUUUCAGGAGUUACCAGCUGGUUCAAAGGGCCCUGCAAGANNNNUUCAGGGUUCCGAUUCUUUAAUACCAAGCAAGCCAUUGGGAGAUUUAGGUGUGAAAAAUGUAUCAACUACGCCUACUCCAAAGAAGUUGGUUCAUCCGUCAUCUAAUGGAAUGCCACCUCCAAGAACCUUCCGGCCUCCGCCUCCAGAAACCAUGCUGCCUCCACCACCUCCGCCAAAGUUCACUUCAUCAAUGCCACCUGGGAAAUCGCAUGAUAAGAACAACAUUUUCAGUAAAGCUAAACUUGAUACUGUCCCUGAUACCUUGGUCCAGUUAAUGGCAUAUGGGGAUGAAGAUGAUGAUUCUGAGGAAAGCAGUGAUGAAUCCCUAAAUAGAAACUCCAAUCCAGAUGCUGUUCGAAAACCAUUCUGGGCUUUGUGACUAACAGGUUGCUGAAGCUGCUAAAUUUUUGGAAGUAGGAGUUGAUUGUUUCGGAUGUUGAUUUAGUUUUAUAAUGGAUUCAGUCAAGUGCACAUCCAGUCGUUCUUUGGGAUUGAUUCUUUUGAGAUUGUGGCUUCUCAAGUGCUUAUUGAAUACCAACAAGGUGCAGUAAUUCCAAAUCAUCACACCAGCACUGCUUGCUCAGAAACAUUUACAAGUUCCGAAUCUGAUAGUCAAGGGAAAUUACUGUGUUGUAUAUUGGUUGUAACUUGCCAGUGCUGUAGAUUAGUAGUUUUCUUAGUGCCUUGGUGGGAUCAGCAAAUCGUUGCUGCGUUAGAAGAUAACUUCUCUUAGCUGUCAAUGGGAACAUGGAACUUAACUGUGUAAAUUAUUUUCAGUUACUAGAAUACUAAUAUUCAUUUGACAUGUGUCUGAAAGUAUACUUUUAUCCUUGUUUACGCUUCA